AUGGCUUUUGCCAGCUCCCUUGCUGUCAACUUUGGCAGGGUAGCCUCUUUUAUCCAGGUCCUCUUCUACCUUCCGCUCGCACUCGACAUCGCUGGUCAAGAUGCGUUUCUGGCUCUAUCAGCAUCGCUAGCUUCCUACUACCUCUUCCUCUCCACAGCUCGGCUGCUCACCCGCGGCACGCGUCUAGCAUGGAUCGGUCAGACGCUCGCAGUGUUCCAGUUCAUCGUCAUUCCAGCUUGCCUUUUGGUCUGCUUCAAUGUCUACUCUCCACCCUCUGCCACCAUCUUUCCAGCACGCAGAUCCGACAGCCAGGACAAGACUGCCUCCGAGGCUAUUAGCAGUCUCUUUUCUCGUCGAUCCAACGGUGCUAGGCGUGAACACAUCUACCUGGAUCAUCUUGAUUCAUUGACCGGCUCCGAGUUCCUCGACCGACUCGUCUCAGCCUCCGUUGCCUUCUUCUUUUGGCUCGCACGCCGUGUCCCAGGCUGGUGGCAUACCUUGCUACGUAUCUCAAGUCCCUUUUUCAGUCUGCUCGAAGGUGUUGCGUCGCUUCUUGUCAUCCAGUCACUUGCAUCCACCUCUCGAUGGAUCAUUGCAACUUCUCUUGCAGCACCAUCUCCCCGCCAUCAGCGAGCAAACGCCAAUGGAGCAACCACCGCAAGAGGAGCAGCUUGGAUGUCUAACACCUUCAUCAUGCGAUCCCUCGCUUCCAUCGGAUUCGGCGCAAGCGAAGUAUGGCAGAUUUUCUUCUUGCUCCUUUCUGCCACCAUCUACGUCACAGCCGCUUUCGCACUCUAUGUCUCCUUCGACGGUGCAACAAAAGACCGACCUGGCACUGCAGCAGCCAUCGCAACCUCGGUCACAUCCACCCUUUGGCUCACAGCAAUCACAUUCGCCAUUCGUAAAGGAAACGUCAUUGAGACCAGUCUCAUGUUUGCCUAUGUCGUCUUCAAUAUUUACCAGCUAGGGCCUAGUCUUUCCUUCACUCCGGAUCCGAUCUCGCUCAUUCGCAGCUUCAAGGUCGACACUCACGGUCGAGCGUUCGUGGAAAAGCUGCCACGCUCGCUGCAGGCUCCGUUGACGAGCAAGAUCCUACAAGCGGCGAGUGGAUUGAUCGAAGUGAUUGCGCACUGGUUGGGUCAGUCGGUGGACUUUAUCCAUGCUGCGGGGGCUGCCUUGCCCAAAUCAGUGAUUGUCUCGCUGAUUUACAGACUGAUGGUGCUCUACGCUGCCAGUCGCAUCUUGCCUAUGCUUAAGGGCAGCGUUGCCCCCAAGCACGAUGAUGAUCAGAACCAUGCAAGACGAGCAAGUUGGGGUCGAGCACGAUCCAAACGUGGCGGUGGGGAUCAAGACAGCGAGUCUGAGUCAGAGUACAGUGGUAGUAGCUCUGACUCCUCUUCGCAUUCCUCCAGCUCCUCAUUAUCAGGUACCGAGGUGGAAGAACUAGAAGAGCAAGUUUGGGACAAAGACGAAGGACGAUGGAUUCUCCAACGACGAAGAUUGAGGAGGAGGACAAGACGAAGAACACCUUUCGACGGCGAGUUGGAGGAAAGCGAAUCAGACACCGGCAGCGGCGAAUACUCCGAAGACGACUCUGGCAUCGCUUAUAACGACGAUGGAACCAAAUCCAUCGCUGACAAGCUGAAGGAACCUAUGAGUCUGGCUGAUACGCUCAAGUCCCCCCCUCCACCUCCCUCCACCGCACUCAAGGGAUUAAAGCGAGCACGCAAGGAUCGCAACGUUGGACGAACCAAACCAACCCGUCGGCCCUCAACUACCGCCACCUCACCAAAAGUAAAAGCCACCGACCUUCCCCCCACCACGCGAAACCGCCCUAACCUGACCCGUCCACCCUCAGAAUUAGGUCGUCACAAGCGACCACGUCCACCUCCGUCCUCUUUUUCCUUCCCUCCUUCUCCAGCCUCUCGAUCUUCGCGAGGACAGGAAGGGGAGGCGUUUGGAUCGUUCAUUUCGAUCCUCGUCUCUUACUCCCGGUUGAUUCUGAUUGCAGUUUAUUCGCAUCUGCUGUUGUUGGAUCAAAAGAACCAGAUUUAUUGGCGAUUUCUCACCGUAGGACUCACGCUCUUCUUGUGGGGUUUGGAGAUUGUGAUCUCAAAGGAAGAAGAGGUAGCUGUUGGCGGGGUUGGAGAGUUGGGUGCUGCUGGAGCCGUAGGCAGGGGGUGA